UCCACUGCCGUGAGUCGUGCGCGACCUACGACGGAAAGUGUCCGACGAUGGCAUUUCAACCAAAGCAGACAAAAUCCGCUCGACGCGGCGGAGAGUGAGCUGAGUUGAGCGGAUUUUUGCCUCCCAUUUCCACCAACCGACUCAUCUCAGCGGAUACGAUCCGCGCGGACGAAAAAACUGUGAGUCGAUGAGUUGAACUUGGUUCAACUUUUUUUCGUCCGCUCGCCAAAAUCUAUGACAAAUUCUCAUUUCCUUGAGCGGAAUAUAUAAAAUCACAUAAAUUCACUUCUUAUUAUUCACAUUCCGCUAACAUCAAUUAUUUCAUAAAAUUAGAAUAUUCUAAAUAAAUAUAAAAUGUCGAGUGACAGUGAGGAGGAUGGAGGAAGUUUGAACAUCAACGAGGAUGGGGAUCAAUGUCAUGUAAUGGGUGAGGAAAUACCGGGCGCCCAGGAAGAGAAUAUUUGGAGGAAUGAAGAUAUAGAAUUACUUAUAGAUACAGUGAGAUCAAAUCCAAUUUUGUUCGAUGUCAAAUCAAAGGAUAAUAAGAACAGUGGUAAAAAGGAACUUGUGUGGUUAAAUGUUUCCAGUACGGUAGGGAAGGAUGUUCCUGAAUGCAAGAAGAAGUGGAAAUAUCUACGGGAUAAUUUCAAUAAAGUCGUUAAAAAGAAGAAAGGCAAGUCUGGCAAGUCUGGCAAAAAAGAAAAACAAUGGGAAUACUUCGAAAUGUUGAACUUUUUAAAGCCGUUCGUAAUUGCCAAUACUGAAUCUUCUGGUAAUUUGGAUAAAACUCCGGCGCCGGAUGAAACCACCAAUCGAAGUGGUCGAGAUCAUUCCCGUGGGCCGGAUUUAGAUGAGGACGACCCCAUCAAGCCCGAGACCAUAUCCAAAAAAAUGAAGAUGUCAGAGAAAGUUGAUGCAGCAUUAUUGGGAUACCUAGAAAAGCAAAAUAUAAAAGACUCGAACCACCAUUUCUGUAUGGCUCUGGCGGAUGAUUUGCGAAAAAUGACAGCAGCUCAGUCAUCAUAUGCAAAAACCAAAAUUCAGCAAAUUAUGUAUGAAAUUGAAUUUCCGCAGAAUACAACGCCGGCGCCGGGAGGACGUGAUGUCAAUGAGUAAAUUGAUGAUUGAAAAUUUUUAUUUAUUGUUACUUGAGAUCUUUAACGCACAAUUAUAAUAAUAUGGAUUUAAUAAUAAAUUUCAUUGCAUUUAAUCCAAGCCAACAAUUCUUCGCCGC